AUGGACGUCGACGUGCGUCCCAGGAAGAAGAGACGGUUCUUUGUCGACGACCCUGAAGUUCUGCCCGAACAUGUUUCCUCUUCCGUGAACGCAUCCAGCAGACCAACUUCCGCCACCUCGUCUACCGGCCACGACUCCGAACCCUGUCCAGCGAAUCCGGUGGAUGCCCAGAGCGACGUCGACAACGAGGGACCUCAAGCUUUCGACGCUGAAACAUUCCGCGCGUUUGUCGGAGAAGAAGUUUCACAAGAUGUCGUGGACAAGGUGGAGGCUGCCUCCAAUGGCAAUCUCGAGCGAGCAAUCAACAUGUACUUGGAUGGGUCGUGGAAAACAGCUGCAGCAUCGCAGACGAGGACGUCACUGCCUUCGAGAAGUGUAGGCUCGUGGCUGAGUGCACCUGCUUCUUCCAGCGGCAAUGUCACAGUACCACCACAAGCAAACCUGAAAGAGACCGGCUCGAAGACGGUAGCGGUAGCAACAAUGCCCACUGAACGGUACGUUGGGUCAUUUGGCGUGGGGGCAUGGAUGACCAAAAGCGGGACAGGCCUGAUUGCUCAUGGUGAAUCAGUGAGGAUAGAAAGAUCAAAGAUUGCUCCCAAGACGAAAAUUGGAAGAGGCGGAAAAUUGGUGACGGUGGUCGGCAGGAACCAAAAGGCCGAUGUGAUCACACGAUUUACAAACAUGAGGGGUGAAGAGCUUGGUCGUCUACCUGAGGAGACGGCCUCUUGGAUGUCAUCUUUGCUGGACCAAAAGAUCUGCCGCUUCGAGGGGACCUGCGUCUUCGCGCCUGACCGUGUCCGAGUCAAUGACACAGUCUACCUGCAGCUUCGUGCGUACCUCCUCAAGACGGCCUUUGAGGCAAAUGCUUUUGUCAAGCCAAAGGAUGACAACCGCGCUACAGGGUUCUUCGAAGAGAAGGAGAGCAGCGACGAAAAGGAUCUUCGCCUGCGACAAGUGGCUCUCGUCAAAUUAUUUGAGGAAGUAAACCUCAACCCAACCACAACUAGUGAAGCAACUGCAAGGCACAAGAAGCAGGGUCUGCUGAGAGCUGCUGAGAUGGCAGAGCAGUACGACAAAGACAAGGAAGCCAAAGGCAAAUCAGGCAUAUCUACGCCCGUCUCCGAGGACGAGGAGGGAGAAGAGCUGGAGGAAGAUCAAUUAGAUACGCUCUACCGGAAGGCACAGUCAUUUGAUUUCAAUACACCAGAAGCCAACCCGGCGCCAACGUUCCAACUGGAACUACGAAAAUAUCAGAAACAGGCUCUGCAUUGGAUGCUUAGCAAAGAACGAGACGAAAAGUCCGACAAGCAACAAUCAAUGCAUCCGCUUUGGGAAGAGUAUUCCUGGCCCACAAAAGACGCCAAUGAUGAACUACUUCCUCUUGUUGAAGGACAAGACAAGUUCUACGUCAAUCUCUACUCUGGGGAAAUCAGUCUUGACUUCCCUAUCCAGGAACAGAACUGCCUGGGAGGUAUUUUGGCUGACGAAAUGGGACUCGGCAAGACGAUCGAGAUCUACAGCCUGAUACAUUCCAAUCGUUCACAAAUCGACCUGGACGCCGCUGGUCAGGCCAUGACAUCCGUCAAUCAUCUUCCCCGUCUGCCUCAAUCGUCAACGUCAGUGGAACCAGCACCAUGUACGACGUUAGUUGUGGCGCCCAUGUCCCUGUUGGCGCAGUGGGAGAGCGAAGCUGUCAAAUGUUCCGAACCAGGCUCUUUGAGGACCAUGGUCUAUUAUGGCAGCGAGAAGUCGGCCAAUUUACAGACCCUGUGUUCUGCCGCGAAUGCUGCCUCGGCUCCAAAUGUCAUUAUCACAAGUUACGGCACCGUUCUCUCAGAAUUUGGACAAGUGUCAGCUGCUGGAGGCGAUCGUGCAUCUCAUGGCGGCCUGUUCUCCGUGGAUUUUCACCGGGUCAUUCUUGACGAGGCUCACACCAUCAAAAACAGGCAGGCAAAGACGUCCAAGGCUUGUUAUGAGAUAAAGGCAAAGCAUAGAUGGGUCCUGACUGGAACACCCAUUGUCAACCGUCUGGAAGAUUUGUUCAGCUUGGUUAGAUUCCUGAAAGUCGAACCUUGGAGCAACUUCUCCUUCUGGAAAACGUUCAUUACGGUGCCCUUUGAGUCAAAGGAGAUUGCGCGCGCCCUCAAUGUUGUUCAGACCGUCUUGGAACCUCUGGUGUUGAGAAGAACGAAAGACAUGAAAACACCCGAAGGCGAAGCGCUCGUGCCGCUUCCUCCAAAGACGGUCGUUGUUGAAGAAGUCGAGCUCACUAAGACAGAACGCGAAGUAUACGAUUUGAUUCUCACACGGGCCAAGCGUGCUUUUAAUGAAUCCGUGGCUGCCGGCACUCUUCUAAAGUCAUACACGACAAUCUUUGCACAGAUUCUCCGCCUGCGGCAGUCUUGCUGUCAUCCUGUCCUGACCCGGAACAAGGAGAUUGUGGCAGAUGAAGAAGACGCUGCUGUUGCGGCUGCGGCUGAUGAGAACGGAUUUGCCGAUGACAUGGAUUUGCAAGAACUCAUAAAUCGGUUCACCAAGGACAGUGAUCUUGCAGAAAAAGACAAUCCGACAUCGAAGGAUCCAAUCACCACAUUCACCACCCAUGCCUUGCGCCAAAUCCAGCAGGAAUCAAGUGGCGAGUGUCCGUUAUGCUAUGAGGAACCAAUGGUCAACCCUGCCGUUACUACUUGUUGGCACAGUGCCUGCAAAGAGUGUUUGGAGAAGUUGAUCGCGGUGCAGACGGACAAAGGAGACAUCCCUCGCUGCUUUUCAUGCAGAGAAGCCAUCAACCCGAGAGAUGUCUUUGAAGUUGUUAAGCACAACAGUCCACCUGCAUAUUCUGACUCGGAGGAAGACAUGUACGCGGCCGACGAGAGUGUUACGAGACCUACCAAGAUCUCGCUCCGCCGCUUACAUCCGUACUCACCGACUGCGUCAACAUCAGCAAAGAUUGCGGCGCUGCUGCAGCAUCUGUCCGCCUUACCCCGAGAUACGAAAUCGGUUGUGUUCUCGCAGUUCACGUCCUUUCUCGACCUUAUCGCUCCACAACUAGCGAAGCACGGCUUCUCCUACCUCCGGUUUGAUGGCACCAUGUCACAGAAGGUACGAGCACAAGUCAUUCGGGCAUUCAAUGCGGAGAACACGUCCGACCCUAAAGCGCCUCGCAUCUUGCUGCUUUCUCUCAGGGCUGGUGGGGUGGGGUUAAACCUCACGGCGGCGAGCCGGUGCUACAUGAUGGACCCUUGGUGGAGUUUUGCGGUUGAAGCACAAGCGAUCGAUCGAGUGCACCGCAUGGGCCAGACGCAGAAAGUUGAGGUGAUUAGGUUUGUGACCAAGGAGAGCAUUGAAGGAAGGAUGCUUCGGGUGCAAGAGAGGAAGAUGGCGGUUGCAGGAAGCCUGGGCGUUGGCCAAUCGGGGGCGGGUGAAAGUGAAGAGGAGAGGAAGAAGAGACGCAUCGAAGAGCUUGAGAUGUUGCUCGGUUGA